UCCAUGAGACUAAGGUCCUUUAGAUUGCCGUGCUGCUCACUAACAGCAGAAGGGUUCAAAACUUAGGACAAGACGACAGGCGACACUACCUGUACGUGGCGGGCCAAGGAAGUAAAGGAAUUGGCUCCAAGUUUAGGACUUCACACCAUGGACUUCAAAGGAUUCUGGCCUGAAAAUUGCCUGGAUGGACAAGUAAGACUGCCUUUUGUUCCCUUUUCAAAUAUGAUUCUUUGAAAAUUGUCAAGGAUGUGGGUAGAGAUGCCCACAAGCUGAAAUCAUGGGGUGUGCACCUUCCCGCAGUGACAUUGUUAACAGCAUUGCUAAGAGUGGCAUCCAAUUUUUUAAAAAGCCCAAAGAAAUUUUGCCAGGACAUCAGGGUGUCAGUGAAAGAUGUUCCAUCCCUUUGCCGGUUCAAAGCUCCACCUGUUAUGACUCUAGGGCGGCCUUAUCCCAGGGAGAGAGGCUGGCAAAGGGGCAGCCAGGUCCCAGGUGGACCAGAACUCCAGCUGAAGGUCUUUGUCAGCUCGCAGGAGAUCCCAAUGCAGGCGAAGGGAAAGAUGUGCGAGGACUGAUCCCAGAAACCCAAACUUCCCCAUCCCAGAGGAACAAAUCACAAGGCCACAUGGCUAAGGACAUUCAAUUCAAGACACGGAGUUCCCACAAGUCACAAGGGACAGCCUUUUCUGGGGAAGAAAGUAAUACCCAAGAGACCUCCAAAUGGGAAAAGAAGCCCAAAGGCCACAGGCUGGGCUGCCAAGCCAUUUGUCUUGCCCGGGAGUCUGAAGGUAAAGUGGACUUCCCCGAGGCCCUGGUGAAGGCCCACCAGCAUGCUUACACCUAUCUGCACACCUGCCUCUCCAAAUAUGAAGCAAUUCUGUGCAUCAUCCACCAGGCCACCCAGACCCAGGAGCACCUGCAGCCCAUGGUCAGCUUCCUGCUGCUGUGCUUUGAUGAGGUCAACCGGCUCUUGGGGGAGAUCUCCAAGGAUGGAGAAAUGCUCCUCCAAGAAGUUAGAGAGGAUCUGACUUGGCCAUUGAGGAAAGCAGGGCCCUGGGAGCAGCCAGAUCUCCUGCAGCAGCUUCUGCAGUACACAGUCAGCAAGCUGCAGGUGCUCUGCGGCACAGUGGCCUCCCUCACCGGCAGCUUCCUGGAGGGCUCCAGCAGGUACCACCUUGCCACUGCAAGCCACCUGGGAAACAAGCUGAGCACAAAGAGGGGCUUGGACGACCGCCUCCUGAGGGCUCUGGGGCAGCUGGAGCACUUGGCAAGUGGCCACAAUGACCCUGGGGUGCAGGGCCCACCCUUAUGCUCUGAGGACAGUGGCAUUGGUGGUGACAGUGAGUCUGUGCAGCUGGCAGACAAGCUGGGCAGGCAAGCCAGCUGGGACUUAGAGCUGGGCCCAGCAGAAUGGAGGCCAGUGAUUUCACCCACAGUGGAAGCCAGGCUGGCAGGACAUACCUGGCAGCAAAGUCCUUUCUGGGUGGAUUCGGACAGCCCCCAGCACUGCCCACUCUCAAGGCCUCCUACAGCAAAGAUUCAGCCAACAGCACAGAGGGGAGCCGGGAGCGCCCGCCCCUCCAGCACAGGCCCAGAAAAUCCUGCUUGCAGGCCUUUGCAGAUAGGCAAAAGCGCUCCCUGUGAUUCCCUUGAGACUGGGAUCUCUGUGGAAACGCAGCUCUCAAAAGGCUCCAGUGUAAUGGACACUCCAUCCCUCAGUGAUGGUGAGGACAGCAGCCCAGAGAAGGAGGAAGACGAAGUCAGCAGCACGAAGCUGUACCCAUGGCAGGAAAAUGCUUCCCAUGCAAGGCCUCGGUCUUCACCUGCUGGCCCCGAAAGCCCAUUUCAGCCCCACCUCAGGAGGUUGAGGAGCUCCCAAGCCCAGGAAAUGUUUCUGAAGAUGAAGGAAGCAAUCAGCAAAAGGAUCAAGUUUGUCCCUGCACCUUCUGGGCAUGAGGACUGGGCAGAGGAGGAGGAGAGGAAAAUUGUGGCCCCACGGAGACCUAGAACAGUCAGUGGCAGCAGGACAGUCCCCAUGAGGCAGAGGAGGUCCCAGUCAGAGGUCUUUCUUAAAAGCCACAUGGAGGACUCUACCCUCCGGGAGCUGCGAAGGGUCCAGACAGACCUCAGCCAGAGGUUGGAAGCAUUCUAUGCCCUGGGCGCACAACAGCAGGGGCAGAGCAAGGAACAGGCUCUGCAGCCCAGAGCAGCAGCUCUGAGGCCCGGCAGCAAAGGCAGGGUCACCCCCAGCAACACCGUCAGCAAGCUGAAGGCAUCCCUCACCAAGAACUUCAGCAUUUUGCCAAGUCAGGACAAGAACAUUCUGCAGAAAUGCAGUCCCUGCCCCAAGGGUGAACAGCCCUGGCAGGAGAAAGCUGAGGGGCUUCCAAAUGCCAUCCCAUCAGGUGAGAAGGCCUGUGAGGCUCCUGGGGCCAAGGACUGGACUGUCAGUGGCUGUCCCACCAGAACGUCAGUCAGGAAACUCAUUGAAACUUUCAGUUCCACUGAGAGUCUGAGGAUGCUGGGAGAUUCCAAGGACUCUGGGCCAAGCCCCCACCUCAGGAAGUGGGGUAUCCCCAGCAUGCCUCCCAGAUUUCCCAUUUACAGGGGACUGGCCCCCUUGUAUACAAAGCCCCAAAUUUCCCCAGCAGCAGGCAGAGAAUCUCUCAAGGUAGACCCAGGCUGGAGGCCCCUGGCUCCUAUUUUUCCACCUCUGCUUCCAGCAGGAGAGCCCAAGAGUGAGGCCCUCAACUGUGAAACAGAGCAGGACCCGGAGCACCUCCCUCCACCACCUCUGGAAAUCCUGAUGGACAAAUCAUUCAUUUCUCUGGAGCCCCCAGAAAGCAGCAAGCCGACACAGAGCUCCCUUGAAGGGACCCACGUGCCAGAGCUGGGAGGGGCUGGCCCUGCCCAGAGACCGUGGGCUUCCCCAAAGCUAAGAGCCUCCUUGAGCCCCACUGACCUGCUGCCCAGCAGGAGCACUGCCACCUCCACCAGGCCCUGUGGCACAGGGUGCGGGAACAGCAAGAACAGCUGCAGUUCUGGAAAGCCGAACCACCCACCAGCAGCCCGCGGAAAGCCAGCAGUGAGGAGCACUGGGACUCAGGGGCAGGCACGGGCAGGCAGGGCCACAGGCCUCCCCAGGCAUCCCCAGAAGGCUAUCUACUGGCCCCACUCCAGCCACACAUCUGGGCAGAGCAGGUCCUCAGAACCCAGCCUGGCUAGAUCAACUCGAGGGCCACCUUCUCCAGAGGCCAAAAGGCAGAGCCAAGAGAGAAGCAGCCUGCUGGUCAGGAAGGCCUCUCCCACAAAGGCACACUGGAUGCUCAGGAAGCUCCCGAGCCCUGUCGAGUCAAGUGUCCCCUCCGUGCACAGCUCCCCCAGCCCACCAGUCAGCCCUCUGGCAAGCCCCCCAACAAUGAAGAAAGGAGCUUUCCCGACACCCCUACCCAGCCUUCCCCUGGUGAGCCCGCCCACUCAUCAUAAGGUCUUUAGCCCCCAGACCCAGACUACAGAAGCCAGUUCCCCAUCCUCUGGCCCCGCUCUAUCCCUGACAGCAUCCCCCACUCAGGGGUGCAAGGAAACAAGAGGUGCUGAAGAUGGUCAGGCAGCCGUGGCCAAAGCAUCUGAGAACACACGUUCUGUAUUCUGCCCGGCCACCCCCUCUCUGUUUGAAGCUAAAUGGCCAUUCUCAACAGCCCACCCAUUCAGUGCACCAUCGCUGCCACCUGAAGCUGGGGGCCCUCAUGGGACCCCCACAGGAUGCUGGAGGAGCAGCUCAGGGCCACGACUGAGGGGAGACUCACGUCGGGGAAUGGCUCUGUGUGCCCUCAACCCUCAGCCCUUUGUCAGAAGAACAGUGUCUGACUGCCGGCCCGGCUUCCGCCUUCCCCUGCCUGUCCCAGGCCUCACCAGCAACACUCGUGAAUCCCAGCGUGGCCAGAGCAGCAGCAGCAGCGAGGAGAGUCUGAAGGACCCAGAGCCGCAGAGCAGCUCCUGGCACUCAGAGCCUAAGGGCAGCAGCAGGGGCGCAUCGCCCCCAGAGCUCUGCGUUCUGGGCCACGGGCUGCAGCGGGAGGCCAGUGCCAGCCACCCCCAGGACCAGCCCCAGCAGAAAGAAGAGGCCUGACAGGCUGGCCAGUGGCGUCACACUGAUGCCAGUGACCCCAGAGGCAAAGGGUGACAGUCAAGCGUCAUGCAGCCCACAGAUGGUGGGCAAGCCACACUGCUACUGAGGUGCCUGGGAAGGCCUGGAAGGUGCCCUGCCCAGGGGGUCUGCUAAACUCUCAACAAUCGCCGUUUUCAGUCCCAGAUCCUGGUUUGCUUUGGGGCUCAAAGGUAAACUCUAACUUUGGGCCUCUCAAUGACACUCUUUCUUUAAUCCUUCAAGUACUGGCCUUAAUAUAGGGAUGAAAUGUAUUUAUCCCAUGCCUGAUGGGGUAGGUAUUUCACCUGGGUCAACUCCAUGAAAUCACUUAAUCAUCACAACGGUGAAGAAAACAGCAUUCUCCUGGUUUUGCAGAUAAGAGAACCGAAGCUCUGCUCCCUGGAUCCCCCUCCCUGCACACACACACGUGUCUUGCCUGAGAUCGCGCAGCAAGGAAGAGAGCAAAAAUGUGAGCAGUUGUGCUUGGCACUAGAAUCCAUUGUUCUCCGUCACAUUUCAUUACCCAUGACUAUUCCAUCCCUCCAUCUGCCUAAAGCAUGCAAAGUUGUUCAAAUGGUUGAGAAGCUUUGUUUUAUUAAGGCUAAAGAGUGGCACAGCAUUCAAGUUCCCAUUACUAGCUUUGUUUAGAAGCUGAUUGCUCUGGAGAUAAGACCGGGGUAGAAUGAAGCCCCACUCCUCUUCUUCCCAAGCUCAGUUCCAAAGCCCUAAACACAAAGCUUCCAGCUGCCUAGCUCAGCUGAGCUGCCUCUCAGGCUAAGUAUGUCUCAGAGGCGUGUCUCAAACGCUCUGCCCUACACAUCCUCAUGCCUCUCACACUGAGUGGGUAUAACCAAGCCUCCCAAACAAGCAGACUAUUCUCCGUGCCCAGCUGGGGCUUGAGCUCAGGAGGACAUGUGGGUGUACACAUACACACACACAUGCCAGUCUCCCCUGAGGCUUCUCAGUCAACUUGAUUCCUAGGUCAUCUGCAGAACUUCUGAUAUUAGAAGUGAAGAAGGGUCAUUCAUGCCACAACUCUGCUUCUGCCAAUGAGCUGGAUAUUGGCUGCAAAUCUUGGAAUGUUUCCACUGGAAGCUGUGAAGUGCUUUCUGAGAAAAUAAUUUGCAGUGAUUGGGUGAUUCAAUGCCUGCUCGGUGGGUUGUUAAAAGAUAAGAAUUCUCACCCAUGUGGUACAGCCAAGGGGCAGUCCUCCAGAUCUGUUGUAAACCUGCUUUUUAAGUUGGGAAAAUUAUAAACUUCAAGUCCUUUCAUGUUGAAAUAGAUCAUGAUUCAAGAACAUGUUAAACUGGGUUCUGAGGCUCAUGGCUACCUCCCCCAGGGAUGGCCACAACUCCAAGUAAGAGAGGGUGUGCAGUUACUAAAGUAGGGAUGACAGGGAUCUCUUUGAAGGCACCCAAGGAACAGUUGAUUAAACUACCAGGAGGGGCCACCACCCACCCCUGCACUGGGAAAUGUCUGCGCACACCAAGCCAUAUGCUCACAAAUGCUGUGCAGCCACACUAACCGGCCCAGCAGGGUUGGGCAGCAGUGGGGCUGUGCUGGGCCUGAGCCCCCUGGGAGCCAUGGGCGGCCCCUGGGAGCUGCCUGGGCCACAGGCAAUGGGAGGAAGGCCAGCUACCUAUGCAGGGCGGGGCUGAGGUAGGCUUGUGAGAAGCCAGGGUUAGGGAACUUGCUUGCUGUGGAGCUGGGCGUCUCCCCUGCUGGUCAGGCCAGCAGUGGGUAAGGAAGGAUGGGCCAGGAUGACAGGGCCCCAGGGUGGGCAUGUGGGAAGCAGGCAGUGUGCAGAGAUGCAGCUCACAGGUAAGAAGCCCCAGGAAGGACUAGUUAGCAGGGGACCCACCUUGCGCUAGGGUUAGGGGCAGGCUUUCUGGAGGUCUGAAGAAACAAAGCAGAACCCCACGGCAGGGAGACUGGUCAGGGACACAGUUGAUGAAAUGGGACACAACAUAGGGACCAUAAAAAGCCUAGUUACUGGAACUACGAUAAAAAGUGGGAGCCAGCUCCACCCUGAGGAGGGGAGGCCAGCCGAGUUCAGCCCAGGGUCUCCUUAGGCCUCAUCUGAGAGGUCUGGGGCUGGUUUGAGGGUUAGAUGGGAACUGAAUGCACUGGCCAGGGCAAUGAAAGCUGGAGGUAGGCAGCUGCGAGCAGGCAGUGUAUUAUGUCACGGAGCAGGUCAGCAUCUGAUAGAAUGCCCUGGAAAAGUAUGGAAUGGACCACUGCCCUCCACGAGCGUGCCCGUCAGGAGGCUCUCUGAGAUAGCAGUUGCCCCUCCCCGAGCUAGGCUGGUGAGCAGCGCCAGUCCCCACUCCUCCCACGCCACGGGCAGCAGGGGAGGGACACAUGCCUGCCAUCACCUGGAGCAGCUCCUCAUCCCUCUGCAUUUACUGAGAACCUUCCAUGCCAGGACAGUGGUAGGCUCCAGCCAUGCGCCCCAUUCACAGUGUAAUGAGAGGCCCCAAGAGCCUCAGGACCAGGCAGCAGAACAAGGAGCAGAUGCAGCCAUCCUGUUGCCAAGGACCCAGAAUCCCAAGUCAGGUGCAAAGGGCCAGAAAACAAUGAAGGUCAAAGGUGAAACUGUGACGAGCUGGCAAUGGAGCAGACGGGUCAAAGACGUUUCUCGGUUACCAUCCCAAUUACCAGACUUAGCCCAGAUUACAUGUAAAUUAGACUUUGCAAAAAGAAAUUAAAUCCACCACAACAGACCACCUAUGUGGGUACCAGCUCAGUGUUACCCCUCCUGGAGUCCAGGCCUUUCCUCAAGCCCAUGUUUCUAACUCUCCCUCGGACAGCACACCGCUGGUGGCCAUGAGGGACAAGGCCCAUUCCACAGCUUCCCAGAUGGGUCACCCUUACCACCCCUGCCCCCAGAACCUCGUGCUUGCUGGGCCCAAUCCCUUCCUGAGCUCAAGGAGAAGAGAGGGCAGGUGUUUUUCUUUGUCUUUUUAAGUCAAUGGACCCAGCCGGUUAAGGACCCCUGAGUCUGUAUUUUUCUUCACGCAGUUAAAACAGGAAGGAAUGUUGGGUAUAAAGACAAAAGGGCAUCCACCACUGAUACAUUUGAGGGGUGCAUAUUAUACCCAUAUUCUUACUGGGCCAACUUCUUUCAAGGGGUGUAUGACCAUCCUCCACACCCCUGGAGACCCCCAGAACCACAGAGAGGGACGUACUCAGCCAACUCUUUAUCCAGCACAUUACGAACAUAGCAAAUAGUUAUGCCAUGGGACAAAAACACAAUUUUCUGGUUCUACCAAAAGGAUUCAUAGAGAAAAAAAGUAAAUAUAUUGUGGUGGAACAGUGAUAGCUUUUUGCAAGUACAAAUACAGUCUCCAAGAUGAAAUGCAACUUCCCUCGGCAGCUUGGAUCAGUGAGGUUGUUUACUGUGAGCACGUCUAUUUCCUUCCUCACAUUAUACACCCAGUUUAGAGCCUGAAAUAAUCCACAUUAACAGAAAAUGCAAGGCAGACACACCAAAGGGACUUUCCUUUCAUUGUGAAGAGUUUUUGUUUGACAAGACUUGCCUCGUAAAACCUACCAUGUGAAUGAAAGGGAUUUUGAGAAAGAUAUUCCUUUUUCUAAACUAAACUAGUGUUUUGCAUGUAGCAGAGGAGCUGACGCAGUGAAUCACAAGUGUCAGCAUGCCUGCCAGUUGAUCAUCUGGUUGUCUGCUCACAGGCUGCCAACACCGUCUCCAUCUUCCAAAGGAGAGCUUUUCAGAGGUAAUGCAUUUUUAAGUAGCCCCACAUCAAAGAUUCUAUUGCACCCCUGUAAAGUCAACGUGCUCAGAUCCUGUAUUAACAGCACGUUAUGCGGCACUGUGGGUUUACUCCCUGUGCCUACCUGAAGUGGACAUGAAGUUCCAUUAAUCUAUCCAGACGUUUUUAUGAAAUGUAAUUAAAGAUGCGUUGCACUCAUACAGGAGCAAACAGUUAAUUCGCUCAGUGCUCUAAUUCAAUUUCAUGGAGGACCCUGGACACCAUUGGCUUGGUUACACUCCUGGACUUAGAAAGUAGCUUCACAGGUUGUCUGUGGGCCCUGCAUCAGGUGAAUGUAGAACUCGACUAAUCUAGUAGCCCGGGUCCUGAAUGCUGCCAUCGCAGGUACCAGGUACCCGGGUAGGAUUGGAUGUGAGGCACCAAUCAUUUUUGGCUGGAAUGGAGAGAUGGCACUCCCUGGACUCAGGUAAUACACCUGGACAAACCUGAGGGGCCCGAACUGGAGGAAGAAGAAUGAAACAAGGAGGAGGAGGAGGCAGAGGAGGAUGUGCAUGUGAUGGUCACUCUAGGGAGUCAAAGUUUAUCCCCCUCCUGUUGGGCGGAAUUAGGACACUGGAGCCUGACCCUUCCAUCACCCCACCACCCGCCCUCUGCUCUGGCUUCUCGGGGACCAUUUCUUCAUCUGUAAUGAUGCCAACUUACUUUUCCUUCCAUCUACAAGACAUGGGCAAACCUGCCUGCCCAUCUUUUUGAGCCAUCUGGGAGAACUGAACUCAUAAUCCCUCCACCAAUUCUGUUUUUAAUGUGCAUCUCUGCCAUUUCUGCACUUUCAGAUUCUGAUUAAAAACAGUCUCCCCCUCCUUCCAGAGCUGCACUGAGAUCAUUAGAUAAGGUUAAAAACAGCUGUCAAAUUCAGCUGGCAUUGACUUCCUUUUUUGAAGAAUUCUGUCUUUCAAAGUGAAAGACUAAAACAUUUUGCUUGCAAUCACAACUACAUAUGUCAAAUAUGCCAAAUGGAAAAAAAACAAAUUAAGCUUCAGAAUCUCACAUUUAUUCCCAUGUUGAGGCGUGGGUGAUCUGUCAGUCAGAUGGUAGAAAUGACUUUAGUGCCUUCUGAACAGCAGGUUGUACUGGGACGAGGCUUGAGUUAAUAAUAAUUAUACCUUUUCUUUGCAUGUAAUACUCUACCUUUUCAAAAUACUAUUAUCUACACGAUUUUAUUAGAUCUUUUUUUUAAAAAAAAACCUUAUGAGAUGAAUGAAGCAUGUUUUCAAUACCUUUUACAAAUGAAUAAAAGAAGGUUCAGAGAUGUCAAAUGUCUUGCUCCAAAGACACAUUGCCAGCCAGUGGCAGCACAGGGCACAGGUCCCCUAGCCCCUGGCCAGCCUUGGUUCCAGUAACUACUGCAAACAGUAUUUAGAUUAUUGUGGUGGAGGGGGAAUGAGGAAGACCUAAGAAAAGAUACCACAACCUAACUGGGAAGAAAUUCUCAGUUUCCUCCAACAUUUAUAAGGAGGAAGUUAUUUUUCAUAUCCAGCCCAAGGCCAGCUGUCAUGUUAGUCAAUCCUCUUAAACUAACUUGCAUGAAAACUCAAAACAGAAUUUCCAAAACAAUUUUAAAAAAUAAUCCCCUCUACACCCGUCAACCACUCCCCAUUGUUCCCAAGCACACACAUUUAAAACUGCCCAUGACAUUAAGAAAAAUAGAAAAGUCUUAACAAGAAAAUCUUUGUUCCUCAUUUCUAUGAACCCUCCAAGUGGGCUUCAAGAUGAAACCCCCUAGCAGGAGCAGAAAACACUUGGGGCGACAGCACCUCCCCUUUAUUACCAGUGCCCCAGAGUGGUAAAAACCAGUGGAUGAGACAGAAAGGAAAUACAGACCCUUGGAAACAAAUUGCCUUCAUGAAAAUUAUUUAUCUAGCUUUUUUUUUUCUCCUUUGCAAGGGGGCAGGAUUGUCUGUGUUUACAAAACCUGGUGACCUUUUAAAGCUAUUGUUUAGUUAAUGGCUUCUGACACCAGCGCAGAGGUCUAGGAUCACUUUCUGGAUGUGAAAAUUUUCAAGGAGAACCCAGGGUGAUGCUAAUAACAGCCGUCAACCCACAGAGAGGUAAUUAUAAAGCUGUGAUUAAAACAAAAGCAAACCUUCAAGUGUUCCAGCCUUCUCCACGGAAACACCAGGCAACGGGAUACAGAGGAGCCCCAACGCCCCCUGAAUAAGCCCCACUAAUGAUAAGGGCCAAAUUGAGCCUCUGAGGGUCCCUGACUGGUAAGAAACCCGGGGCUAAUUAUGCCCCGUUUGCCUGACCAAGGGUCUCCUGGAGCCUCGCUGGGAACAAGCAGCUGUUUCUCCAACUUGCCUGAUCUCAGGAACACUCCAGCUGCUAGAUAAUUUGGAGAUAUCCGGCCCCUCGCUCCAGGAACAAAUGUACAGCUGAGGCUAGGAACUCUGAAUUUUUAACAAGCACUCCAUCCCUGUCUCCUUCCCUCCUCCCCAAGUGAUUGUUUUCAACAAUGUUUCGGAAGCUAACUCCCAGGUGUGGGUCGCCUGGGAACCUAACAACCACUGAGAGCAGUGGACCUGUGGCAGUGGCCCUGGACCUUGAGAGCAUGUAAGAAGGACUGAGGGCUCUGAUUUGGUAGGUUUGGAGUACAAGCCUGGGGUCUGUAUUUACCGAACACCAUGGAUGCUGCUGUUGACCGCAGGCCACAGUCCACACUGGGCCUACACCCUCCCCGUGCCAGCAGCCUGUCAUCACGGUGUGCUUGGAACCUGUGUUUUCCACUAUAAAGCUUUUCUACUCCUCUGCCUGCCCUCAAGUCUCUGCCAAAACACAAGUGAUCAUGGAUGACUCCCUUGCUGUUACAAGCUCUGAAU